UCAAUGAUCUUAUUGCUUCAUUUCAUUUACUUAUUUCUAGUUUUUUCUUUUAUUUAUGAUUAUGUCAAAUUAGCUAAAUUAGAUUAUAUACUUAAAGGUAACACUCUAUUAGAAGAUUUUAUUUAUAUAUAUCAUUUUUUAUUUUAGUUUUUUUCAAUUAAAAAUUUUCUUUUUCACUUCUUAUCAAAUGAAGAUUUCUUAAGAGAUUUUUUUUUGUUUAUUUUAUUUAAACUUUAAAUGUUUUAUUUUCUAUAUAAAAAAUAAUUUACUUUUAAAAACUCGUUGGAAUUCUUUAAAAUAAAAAUCUAUUUCAUAAUAUGGAUUUUUAUUUAAAAGUCUUUGAAAUAAGAUCUGAAACAAAUUCAAUUUUCGAUUGUUCGAGAUAGAAUUAAAUUUAAUUAAACAUUUUAUUUUGAGAUUUAUCAAUAUAUUAUUAAAUAAAAAUCAUUUCAAAUAUUUUUUUAUCGAAUAUAUAUAUAUCGAUAACUUAGAAAAAAAACCUAUUUUCUUGUCAAUAUGAUUAUUAAUCGAUGAAAACGUAAAUAUUCGAAUAUGAUUAAUGAUUAUUUCAAAUCAUGUUUAACAAUUUAAUCGUUUAAACGAUAUUAUAGUUAUAACUAUGAACAAUCGAUUAAUAAUCAUUUAUAAAUAAUAUAAUAAUAAAUAAGAUUUACAAAUAAUGGUUAUAUUCAUAUAUAAAUAUAUAUUCUUAAUAUACGAUAGAAAUAUAAAUAUCUAUUAAAUCUUCUGAGAAUUUUCAUGAAAUAUAUUCAUUGUUAGGGGUGCCGGCUUAGCAUUAGCAUUGCAUUAAUUAAUGCUAAUUUUAAUACUUUUGUAUUAGAAUUAAAAAAUUAAUUUAAUGCUCUGGUAUUAGGGUUAAAAAAAUAAUUUAAUACUUUGGCAUUAGCAUUAAAUUAAAAUUAGUAUUAAAUUAGUAUUACUUAAUGCUAAUGCCUAAGAAAAAAGUAUUAACUAAUGCUAAUUUAAUACUAAUUUUAAUUCAAUGCUAAUGCCAAAGUAUUAAAUUAUUUUUUCAACACUAAUACCAAAGCAUUAAGUUAAUUUUUUAAUUUUAAUACAAAGUAUUAGCAUUUUCCUAAUACUAAUGCUAAGCCGGCACCCCUAUUCAUUGUUUAAUAGAUGAGCAAUUUAAAUAUUUAUUUUAUUUGGUAAGAUAUAUAUAUAUAUAUAUAUAUAUAUCUAUGAUAAACGAUUUAUUUUAAUUUAUUCAAUAAAAUUAAAUAUAAAGAUCUAUUCAUAUUAGACAUUAUAUUUCAUCAUAUUAAACGAGUUAUUCAAUCUAUUCUACUUGUUUUUUCUUAAUUAAACUAUGGAAAAUGUUUCGUUGAAACGAUCAUAGAUCAACUGUAGAGUUUCAUAAAUCGAAUAUCUAUUGUUCGAGUUGUUUAUUAUGUUAGAAAUCGAUAUUUGUUCUCAACAAAAUCAAACUAAUGUGAAUUAUUUAUUCGAAACAAAUAAAUAAAACGUUCGAAUAAAUAUAUAAUAAUCGAAAUAAUUUAAUUAAACUAAAUCUAAUAAAUUGAAUAAAAAUAUAUAAAAAAAAAGAAAAGAAGUGUUGUUUUUUUUGUUAAGGUUGUUGUUUAAAUGAUUUAUGUUCAAAUGAUGGGAGCAUAAUCGAUAAAUUAUGUAUGAUGUAUUGUUGUUCAUCGGAUAUGUGUCGAUCAAUAAUCGAACAACAUUUAAAAAAUGAUAUAUUUAAACGUCUUGAUAAAAAAAGAAGAUUUUUAAAAUGAAUUUAAUUACUUAGAAACAAUUCAUGAUAUAAAUCGUUAAUAUGAUGAAAUUGUUUUAACAAAUUGUAUAAUUGAUGAAAGAAUUUUUUUAGAAAAUAAAUUACAAUUAAAUGACUUAUGUAAUUCAUUAAAUGAAAAUCGAUAUUCAAAAUCUUCUCAAAAUCUAGCAUCAUUAACAGCAAAUCAACAUAUUACAUCGAAUGAUUAUCAAACAAUUUCUUUUAAUCAAUAUUUAACAUUCAUAUCUCGAGCUAAUCAAUUAAUUAAAUUAUUAUAUUCAAUUGUUCAAUGA